GUGCAGUGUGCACUUGCCACUUGGUGUUUGGUGUAGUUGGUGUGCACUGCUGCGCAAGUGCGCACUGAAGCAAAGAGGUUGCACUGAAGUGCAGUGAAGAGUGAAGAGCGGCCGGCAAUAUAACCUCUUUUUGAUCAUUUUUGACCAAAGAGCCAAAGAGUUCAUUUUCAAUCGAUGCAAUAAUGUCGACGUUAAUAUUAAGAUCAAUUGCGUCAUUAAAUAGGAGUUCUCGUAAUGUUCUUACAAAGUUUAGAUACAUAUACACGUCAAAUGCUUUGAGUCAACAGUCUAGUCUACCCAAGCAACCUACAAAGAUAAAGAAGAAAUCGCCAAUUACAUGGAAAAGUUUGACAAUAUCCGGACUUGUCGGUACUGGUAUUAUAUUAUACAUGCAUCAUCUCAGAGAGGAGAAAGAUAAAACCAUAGCUCGUGAGAGAAGGCGGCAGUUGGGCAAGGCUAAGAUUGGUGGCAAGUUUGAACUGGUAAAUUCAGAAGGGAAGACAGUAAAGUCUGAUGAUUUCUUGGGGCAAUGGGUAAUGAUAUACUUUGGAUUUACUCACUGCCCAGAUGUUUGUCCUGAUGAAAUUGAAAAGAUGACAAAUGUAGUGGACACUCUCGAAAAAGAACACAAUUUGAAGAUACAACCGAUUUUUAUAUCGGUCGAUCCAGAUAGAGAUACGCCCACUGUUGUUGGCAAGUACGUCAAAGAAUUCUCUGAUAAGAUCAUUGGUCUCACCGGCAACAACGAACAAGUUGGACAAGCAUGUAAGGCGUACAGAGUUUACUAUAGUAAUGGCCCUAAGGAUCAGGAUGAUGACUAUAUCGUGGAUCACACGAUCAUUAUAUACUUAAUAGAUCCGGAGGGCCUGUUUGUAGAUUAUUAUGGGCAGACGCACGAUGUGGAUAAGAUCGUAACCAGCAUUCUUGUAAACAAAUUAAAGUACGAUCAAUUAAAGAAUGAUUCUUCUUCUUGGAUGCCGUCUUUACCGAUCAAAGGAGUGUUAUAAGUGCACGUUGCAACAUUCCUAUGUACAUAUAGAUUUUUAAAUCAGUAUUGUGCUGCAAGAAUUUGUGCACAUAGUAUGUCAAAUGCCUAAGAUGGAAAGAUGGAUUUUUAAACCGUUCAGGAGAGUUGGAUCAGCUCCGACCCGAUUUUUGGUUUCAUUUUUGUAUUCAUUUUUCAUCUAAUCAAUGUACAAACUGGAUAAAAGAAGUAAAUAUUGCCAGGGUUCUUCUAUUUACUUUAAAAUGGAAAAAAAAAACAAA